AUGCCUGGCGUCGCCAGGUAUAAGGCCUGCUCUAGGCCUGGCUUCGCCAGGUUACCUACGCCUAUUUUACAUGGCCUUUCUCCCUUUGAGAAAUUUUUUUAUAGACUUCCAGAUUACAACUUUCUCCGAGUUUUUGGCUGUGAAUGCUUUCCCAAUUUGUCUGCUCGAGUUUUUCAUAAGCUUACACCUCGUUCAGUUAGAUGUGUCUUCCUUGACUAUGCAUCUGAUUAUAAGGGAUACCAUUGUUUAGAUCCGAAAUCUGGUCAUCUAGAUGUUAAAAAUACAUUUUUGCAUGGGGUUCUUACUGAGGAGGUCUACAUGAAGCAGCCUACAGGUUUUAUUCAUCCCCACUAUCCUAAUCAUGUUUGCAAGCUAACCAAAGACAUCUAUGGCUUGAAACAAGCUCCCAGGGCAUGGUUUCAUCGCUUCAGUGCAUUUCUUAUUUCUCAUGGUUUUGCUUGCAGCAAAUCUGAUAGUUUAAUAUUUAUUUAUUGCUCUUCUUCUCAUUUCCUUAUUCUAUUACUCUACAUCGAUGAUAUCAUUCUCACGGAUAAUCAUAGUGGUCUUCUUGAUCAAUUCAUUUCUCGUCUAUCUCAUCAGUUUGCUAUGAAGGACUUAGGCAAUCUCCAUUGUUUUCUUAGUAUUCAAGCAGUUCCUACAUCUCACGGUCUUCACCUGUCUCAGCAAAAGCACAUUGUUGAUUUAUUACUUAAAUUUCAUAUGCACACAUGCAAACCAUUGCGUACUCCCCUUGCUUCUCGUACUUCUAUUUCUCUGAUGGACGGUGAGUUACUUUCAGAUCCUAGUGAACAUAGGAGCAUGGCUGGUGCUCUUCAAUAUUUGACAAUGACUCGUCUAGAUAUUGCCUAUGCGGUAAAUGUUGUCUCUCAAUUUAUGCAUGCUCCCUGUACCACUUACAUGCAUUGUGUCAAGCGUAUUUUCAGGUACUUGCAGGGUACUCUGACUUAUGGACUGACUUUGCGUGCGCUAUCUAUGACUUCCAUGGUUAUUGCCUACUCGGAUGUUGAUUGGGCUGGUUGUCCUGAUAGUCACCGUUCUACUACAAGUUUUGCUGUGUUCCUAGGAACUAAUUUUAUCUCUUGGCGUGCAAAGAAGCAACCAGCAGUUUCAAAAUUGUCUAAAGAAGCUGAGUACCGGGCUAUUGCAUACACUGUUGCUGAGACUUGUUAG